GCUCUAUUUAAUUAUUUAUACAAAUGCAAACACAAUGUUUUGGACUGACCAUCAUUUUUUUAUAAUGAUUGUUGUGCUAUCCACAAUUUUUUGUCCCAAGCAUACAAUUUUUUGUUCCUAUAAUUUGCAUGAUUUUGUUAUAGGUGUUCAAACUUUAGUUACUCCUGUAUUUUUUUGUUCUACAAUGGACCACAAAUCACCUCCAUCAAUAAUGUUGGAUCCUUCAUAUAAAACUUGAAGUCUGAUUCAUGCAUCAUGAGCGCUCUUUUCGUCACAUACAAGGUAGAGAACAUCUUCACUCAAAGUAAAAUGUUUAUUUUUUGAAUGAAAAGACGGGAAAAAAGGUCCCACCUGAUUCUAGUCAAGACUAGUGGUGGAGGGCAAUAACCCUAAGUGCAGUUACAAGUCAUGGAAGAGGGAGAGAGAUCGUUACAUAUGGAACAAUUGACACCACGCCACAAGAUUCAUAGCUGUUGUGGGGCUUGGCAGCUCCAUGCCGUGGCAAAGUCCCUGCAGGCAGCGAGCAGUCAUAGAAGACUAGGCUGCUCUCUAUGAAAUACCAUACUAUUGUGGGGACAGCCAAAGAUGAUAUGAAUCUGUCAUUUCCUCCCUUGUUCCACAGAGUUCGCAGCGUGCGUCUUCCACGAUCAUUUUCCUUUUGAGGCUGCCCGACUCUGAUUUUUGUUUUGUACCAACAACCACCCAAAGAAUUUCACACAUGGGGGAGUGAAGUUUCUCCGGGCGAGCCUAUGCAUCGAUUUCUGCUCCUCGGAGCUCAUGGAUGCUUUGUAGAUUGCACUUGUCAAGGUUUUAUGUGAUCCAUUCACAAAGUUGCAGUGCCAAAAUCUGAGUUUGACAGGAUGUUGACAUCGGUGAGGUAGGACUCUAGGGUGGUCAUCUCUUCCUUGGCAACUCUAGAAUAGGAGAGGUUGAAGGCGGUGGGUCCACCACGGUGGUCGCCUGACCAUAGGGGGUGUUAGCCGGCCCCCUCCCUAACACGGGGUCUCCCCUUCUGUGGGGUCUCUUGGCACCUUUCUUACUAGUAUGUGAGCCUGUGGGUCCAUCGUGAUGUUAGUUUUUUUUAUAUAAGUGGGUCUUUUGAUCUAUGUUCUCUCAUCUUUCACCAUUGAGAGAAAGCACAACUUGGACCCAAGAGUGGAGAAUGGUUUGGAGGGGUUGUAGGACCCACUCGUGGGUGGUCGGGCGACCCCUGUGUGGGCACACAAGCUUCAUUUCCUCUAUAUUGCUAAGUCAUGUAGAGAAAUACUCCACAUACAUGUGGAGCUUGUUAUUUGAUAAAAUAUGUUUUAUCUUUUUUUAUAGGCUGUUGAUGGUGUUUUUGGAUAUGUGAAAGUAUGGCAUUAUCACCAUCAACAAUAAGCAUAGCUCUUUAACUUUGACCAAGUUGUGUAAAAAUGUAUUAACACUUACAAGUUCAAAUAAAUGCUCUAUCAAAACAUACUUCAUAGAAAAUUUAGUCAGAAAUAAGGAAAACACGACCAUUAGGGCUCCACCGGGAACCAAGAUGCAAGAAAAAAGGCGGUGGCCGCUUGGUUUGGGUGCUCAAAGCGCGGAUCUGCAUGGCUUCUGCUGCUUUGGCAAGGCCAUAGUGUGGUGCAACCUGAUUGCAUGCUCCAGCUAGGAAACUAGUUGCAGCUCGUAUGGCGCACCCUUGGCACAGAAAAUGGUGGGUGCUUUCUAGAUUUCCACGGGAAGCCAAAACUAGGGAAGUAGUGGUGACGAAGGGUGCCUUCUAGAGCUUCAGGCAUGGAUCUGGCAGUCCUGAUUGUGGAUCUAGUGUCAUCGAACAUGGUGGUGUUUUCGGUGGAGUUAUCAACAACAUAGGCUACUUGGGCACUCUGAUCUCCUCCUAAUGGAUGGAUCUAUGUUCCCUUUUCCAUCAUCAGUGUAUUGAUUUGUGCGAUGGUGGUCAUCGAUGUGCAGCCAUCAACCCUGGAUUAUGCUAGUUGUUGGUGUGUUGUUGAUGCAGUAGGUUGGAUGCUAGAUGAAAGUCUUUGUCUAGCUAUUGGGCUAACAACAAUGAUGCCUUUGUGAACCCUAUUACUUCUUAGAGGCAUCUGUUGAUGCACCCUCCUCUCUCGGUGUGGAUGUUUCAGGAGAAAUCUGUGUCUAUGUUGGACAGGCUGCAAUGACGUUCAUACGUUGUCUUCCUUCUUGAAGGUGUUGUCUUUAUAGUUCCAUGCACAGUUCUCACUUUGGUGGUUUUGUUUUGACGUCAAAGUUUCUUAGUAAAUGAGGAUGCGAAGGAUUGCUACUGUAGAAGAUCAAAUUUUAAGGCUUGACAUCAAGAGUUUCUGAGUAAGCUAGGAUGCGAAGGAUUGUCGGUGCACAAGAUUAAAGCAAGUUUGAAGCAAGGACAUAUAAGUUUGAAGUUUAAUCUUUCUAACUCUCUUAGUCUUUUUGCUCUUUGUUUUUGUGUACUUUAGUUUUAGUCUAAAUGUGUAUAUCCACGUGCGGAUAGCGAAUUUCUACCCAUUAUCUAAAAAAUGAAAAAUUUAAUCAAGCAAAUUUUAUGUUCUAAAUGUCAUUACAUUUUCAUAAACAUGGCCAAACGGAUGGAUGGAAGCGGAACAUGUGCAUAUAAUAGUUGGAAUGGAAAAAUCAUGUGAACUCAUCAUGGUAAAAAUUAACAACCACACAUUAUUUCCAGCAGUGACAUCUUUGCCCAAAUGACUAUCUUUAGAUAGACUCGUCUGCAUCCUCCAUCCAGUUUCCCAUAACCGUCUUCUCCUUAAAUAGCCAAAAGAAAAGGACAGGUAGCCUCUUCCUACGCCCAAGGAUGGUUGAAUAAUAUUAGGAGAAGAGCUCAAAGGGUUCUUGACCCUCUAAAAAAUUAGGCAUAAGAUAGAUCUCCUCUUCUCACCCUCGAAGUAACAUUGACCGCAAAGGGCCAUCCGCUGCGGUCAGUGUAAGUUUCUGAAUCAUAUUUUGGCAAUGCCUAAGGCUAGACAAUAUUGAGCUAGCCUUUACAAAGAAAGAGACUGAGAGGGGAGAAGAAUGGCACUGGCGCAUUGAGGAAGGUUGAGAACCAGUUAACAAGAAUUGCCAGCAUUUGGACAAUCUUGUUAACAGUGUUUUAAGGUUCCCAGCAGACAAUUUGCGAGUUCAAGAAGAGUGCGUGCAUCCACAUUGAUAUAAGCAAGGUUUAAUAAUAAGAGAAGAAACAUGGGCACAAAGAUGAAGAAGGGGAUCCUGAAGCCGUUCCGCUAUAUCUCAAACAUGAUGGAUGGUAAGGAGCCUGAAAUGCAAAUUGGGUUCCCAACGGAUGUAAAACAUGUGGCACACAUCGGUUGGGAUGGUCCUGGCUCCAACAACAAUAACAGCAACAAUAAUGCUGGAGGAGCACCUAGCUGGAUGAAGGAUUACCACUCGGCACCGCUUGACUCGUCCUCUUUUAGGAGCGAGAGUGGGGGCACCGCUGCUGCAAAUCCCUGGGCUUCUCAAGAGAUAGUGAUGGAUGGAGGCAACAGCAUCGGAGACACCUCCUUCAGGGACACGAAAAGCGAGGCAGGCGGCGCCGACGUCGGCGGCGGCGAUUCCCCACCGACCCCCGGCUCGCGCCGGGCGAGACGACACCGCUCCCGGGGCUCCGCCACCUCGUCCAUGGACGUCAGCACCGGCGCUGAGGGCGGCGCCGAGGAGAGGAAGAAGGAGAAGGGCAAGAAGGGCACCCGCAAGAACCGCAAGAAGGACAAGUCGGCCGGCGACGACGCCGCCUCGGCCACCUGCCAGGACCUCCCCGCCGUUCCCAAGAAGUCCAACCGCCGGAAAAACAAGGGCAGCAGCGACGGUGGCGCCGCGGCCAAGGACAGCGCCACGGCCGCGCCGGAGGAGGGGGCGGCAACGACCCCACCCGCCGCCGUGGACGACGACUAGAGGGUGGUGAUAAUCCAAGCGGCUGCGGCCUCGCGUAUACGAACUAAAAUUUGACGUCGUUUUCGGAGAUGAAAUCAAGAUGCCGAAAAGUACUUUGAGCCCAAUUUUCGUAAGAUCAAGUGGCAGUCGAUCGAUAUAUUAUGUAUAUGGUACUCAUCACAAGGGCACAUGCAUGGAGGAGUUCAAGGUCACGAACAUUUAGCGUUCUCAGGAGUGGGGUGUGCACGCACAAAUGCCAUUCUUUUCUCUGUUUCUUUCUGUAUGUAUGUAAUAUUGAUCCGCUUUUUCUGACCUGUUAUAUAUCUUGUUCAAGAUUUCAUAUAUAAAUUAUACUUUGUGCGACAUAUUUCUGA